CAAGCUUCAUCCUUUCCAUCAACAAGAACAAAGAACAAAGGAUAAAAGAUUACAUAUUACCAAAAAAGAAAGAAAAGAACACAGAAAAUGGAUUCAAAAGGAGCUGCAACUGCUACACCAACUCAAAUAUAUGAAGAUUUUAUGCCAACAUCAAAGCUAGUUCAAGAAGACCACUUUGACACUCUUCAACUUAAUCUUCCAGGUUUCAAGAAGGAACAGCUGAGGGUUCAACUUACAAGAACAGGAAUUCUGAAGAUUAGCGGACAAAGGCCAAUUGGGCAGAACAAAUGGCAGAGGUUUCACAAGGACUUUCCUGCUGUAGAAAAUUGUGACAAAAGCAAAAUCAGUGCGAAGUUUGAAAAUGGCGUUCUUCAUGUUAAACAGCCAAAACUAAUAACUUCAGCAGUGAAAAAGGAUACGGAAUUGCCAGCCACAGAAGCUGAGAGUACCCCUGCUAAAAGACAUAAAACAUCUUUAAGAGAUGAAUUUACUAAGCAGGAUAAUGCUGAUAAUACCCCUGCUAAAGAAGAACGAAACUACACUAGUACUAAAACCAGUGAGCAAACAGAAGCUAAAAAUCUUCCAGAAAAAUCUUCAACAGAUAAAAGUAGUUCAAGUAGUUCUUACAAUGGAUCGACUGAUGAUGAAACGACCAGAAAUUCCAGUCGUUUGGCUGCAAACCUGAAGAAGCCAAGGAGAAUGAUGAAAAUGACACUAGUGGCUCUGUUGGUUCUUGGUAUCAGCCUCUAUGUUGCCAACAUGAUGAAGUCUGCGAACAAAGCUGAAGAUAUGAAACUAGACUUUCUGUAGCCUAAAUCUUGUUGGGAUAUUUGCAUUUCCUCCCAGCUAUGACAUUCAAUUUCUAAACUGUAAUCAAUCAAUUUAUAACCGCGUUGCUUUUCUGUAAUAGCUUUCAUUAAUGCAAUCAAGCUUUCUUUCAUUCUGAA